AUGAUAAUGCCCCGUCAUCACUUCAAGACCGGCCUUCAUAGCGCUGAAAGGCGCCAUUUCAAAAUGGCAGGUCGGAUUCAAUUGGUGAUCAUUUCUAUAGGAGGCGGACAUGCCACCGGGGUGUUGAGCGUAGGCCUGCAGAUCAAAGAGUCCUUGUCAAAAAUCUUCCCGCAUACUAAGAUCAGAGUGAUGGAUUUGGAUGAACUUGGUAAUGCUAAGCCAAGAUUUUAUAGCAGUAAAGACUACGAUUUCGAAACAGUCUAUCGAGAGUUGACGGAAAGCAAGCAUUUUGCCGAGACUGUGCCAAUAAAGAAUGCGAGCGAUGCGAACUCUCACGAUCCCAUUGAACUGGUUCUAUUAUGCGGUUGCUACGCAUUGUAUGACGAGAAGAUCAACAACCUGGCACAGCUAAAGAUUUUCCUGGACAGUGAUGGCGAUAAAAGACUGAUAAACCUCAUUAAGCUCAGAAACGUCACCAAUAAGGAAGAGUUUGCCGAACUGCUCACCGAAUACAUGGACCAUUUGCGGAUUGAAAUGCAGAAAUUCAUAGCACCAACAAGAGCCAACGCUGAUCUGGUCAUACCGUGCUCAAAUGACGGCACGGGGUGCGCCAUUAUCACCGACGGGAUUGUAAGAGUGGUCCAAGACAUCAAAGGGAACGGUUCUCUUUCAAAUGCCUCUUCAAAUCCUGUCCCGCUCCUGCUAGAUCUCGAAGCUGAAAGAAUGGAUGUGGAGCGGGAGAGAUAUUACGAUUUGGCCUGA